GGCCGGGAUUCGAUGCGCGCGGCAGGAAGCGGAGGGGGAGGGCGGGGGCCGCGGCGGCGCGAGCGAAGUUUCCCUCUGGGGCGCUGCCGCGGGCGGCAGGGGCGCGGCGCGGCACUUCCUCGUCCGCCGCCGCCGCUGCCGCCCCGCACACUUCCUCCGGCCCCGCUCACUUCCUCCGCGGGCGGCGAGCGAGCAGCGGCCGCAGCCCCGCGGGUCCCCGCCGCCGGGCCAUGCCACGGGGUUGCUGAGGGCGGACGCGAGGGCAGCCGAGCCGCGGGCAUGCAGAGCAUAAAGUGCGUGGUGGUGGGCGACGGGGCGGUGGGCAAGACCUGCCUGCUGAUCUGCUACACCACCAACGCCUUCCCCAAGGAGUACAUCCCCACCGUCUUCGACAACUACAGCGCCCAGAACACCGUCGACGGCAGGACUAUUAACUUAAACCUCUGGGACACGGCCGGCCAGGAGGAGUACGACCGCCUGCGGACGCUUUCCUACCCCCAGACUAACGUCUUCAUCAUCUGCUUCUCCAUCGCCAGCCCGCCCUCCUACGAGAACGUCAAGCACAAGUGGUACCCCGAGGUGUGCCACCACUGCCCCAGCGUGCCCGUCCUCCUCGUCGGCACCAAGAAGGAUCUGAGAAACAACCCCGAGACCAUGAAGAAGCUCAAGGAGCAGAACCAGGCGCCCAUCACCACCCAGCAGGGCAUCAGCCUCUCCAAGCAGAUCCACGCCGUCAAGUACCUGGAGUGCUCCGCGCUCAACCAGGAGGGCAUCAAGGAUGUCUUCACGGAGGCCGUGCGAGCCGUGCUCAACCCCGCCCCGGCCAAGCCCAAAAAGCCCUGCGUCCUCUUGUGAAGCGGACUGCCCGGACGCAGCGAGCUCGGACGGCACCGGGCUCCCCGGGGCGCCAGGCGGGCCCGUCCCCCUCCUCCUCCUCCUCCUCCUCCUCCUCCUCCUCGCACGGCCCCCGCGCCCCGGCCCGCCCCCGGCUUCCAGCGUUUGCUUUUGGGUGCUGCCCUCCCAGUCCCAGCGCGCAAUUCCUGAGACGGGGCCGUGCCGGCGUGUCCCGACCCCCCGCGCCGGCCGGCUCCUGCCGGGGCUCCCCCGGCCCAGCAGAGACCCGCGCGCCCGGCGCCCGCUCCGUUCCCGGCUGGAUUCGCCCGCUUCCAGAGGAAGGUGGGGUUGGGGGGUGCCCGGCUCUGCAGGGACCUGCCACCAUCACCCUGGGUGUCCAGUGUGCCCCAGGGACCUGCCACCAUCAUCCUGGAUGUCUGGUGUGUCCCAGGGACCUGCCACCCUCACCCUGGACACCUGACCAUGCAGGGACCUGCCACCAUUGCCCCAGGUGUCCAGUGUGCCUCAGGGACCUGCCACCCUCACCCUGGACACCUGACCGUGCAGGGACCUGCCGCCAUCAUCCUGGAUGUCUGGUGUGCCCCAGGGACCUGUGACUCUUGCCCCGGGCACCUGGCUCUGCAGGGACCUGCCACCAUCACGCUGGGUGUCUGGUGUGCCCCAGGGACCUGCCACCAUCAUCCUGGGCACCUGGCCAUGAAGAGACCUGCCACCAUCAUCCUGGAUGUCUGGUGUGCCCCAGGGAUCUGCCACCGUCACCGUGGACACCUGGCCAUGCAGGGAUCUGCCACCAUCAUCCUGGAUGUCUGGUGUGUCCCAGGGACCUGCCACCAUUGCCCUGGACACCUGACCAUGCAGGGACCUGCCACCAUCACCCCAGGUGUCUGUUGUGCCCCAGGGACCUGCCACCAACACCCUGGAUGUCUGGUGUGCCCCAGGGAUCUGCCACCCUCGCCCUGGGCACCUGACCAUGCAGGGACCUGCCACCAUCACCCUGGGUGUCCAGUGUGCCCCAGGGACCUGCCACCCUCACCCUGGGCACCUGGCCAUGCGGGGACCUGCCACCAUCACGCUGGGUGUCUGGUGUGCCCCAGGGAGCUGCCACCCUCGCCCCAGGCACUUUGGUUUUGCGGGGACGAAGGUGGUGGCCUGCGCCCGGCGUCCUGGCAGUCCUCGGUGGCCCCAUCCCCUCCUCUCCGUGGUGCCCCCCGAACGGCAGCGCUGGGAACGCCGCGGCGCGGUGGGACGCGGUGGGACGCGGUGGGACAUGGUGGGGCGCGAGGUCCUUCCCGGGACGUGCCGGUCACGGAGCAGCGGCCGGCCGCAGGAUUUGACUGCACCGAGCUGCUCCCGAGUCGCUUUUCCCUAAAUAAACAGCCUUGCCCAGGC